CGCUCUUGGCAUCAUAAACGCUAAUUGGUUUUUAUUUUGUACCUCGUCUUGGGGUUCGGUCCGACAGAAUGUUAUUGGUGUUAAUAAAAUAAACUUAUGGUUCAGUGCACGGUGGAUAUCAAAUCUUUCAAACGCGCGAGAGUGCGAUUCUUCACCCGUUAAUUUUGGGACGAGGAGAGUCGAAGAAAUAGAGAAAACGCAGAUUCGAAUUAGCAUGUAGACUCCCGAUCCCUGAGAAAGAAAAUGCAGGGGGAUCGUGCUGCAACAAGGGAUGGAGGUCCGCUGUUUAAGGUCAGAUACGUGCAAGUUGUGCUCCUGUUCUUUCUGAUGACAAUAGCGUUUUCAAUUAGGAUGACCUUGUCCGUAGCUAUCGUGGCAAUGACGCAUAAUGGCACCUCUAGCAAUCCAGAUGUACCGACGUACGAAUGGAAAAACACCAACAUAAUACUAUCGUCGUUUUUCUGGAGCUACGCCAUCACUCAAUUCUUCGCCGGGCACAUGGCUCAAGUGUACGGCCCCAAAUGGCUUUUGGCUACUGCGAUGCUGGCAAAUGCGUUAGCGAGUAUCGCUAUACCGAGUUUCGUCAACUAUUUCGGCGCGAACGGCGUUAUCACGUGCAGGAUAUUCCAGGGUCUGUUCCAGGGCUUUAUGCUGCCGCUGACGCACAACAUGUUGGGAAGAUGGGCGCCGUCACACGAGAACUCUUGGAUUAACGCCACCGUAUACACAGGUUGUUCAGUCGGUGGGAUAAUAGCCAUGUUAUUUACUGGCUACCUUUCAGCUUCUCCUUUGGGUUGGCCGUCUGCGUUCUAUUUUUUCGGAACGCUGGGGCUAAUUUGGUGCCUGUUUUGGACCUGCCUAAGUGCCGAUAGUCCUGCCACACAUAAAACGAUUACGACGGAGGAAAGGAAAUACAUCGAAAUUUCACUGGGACAAGAGAACGACCACAUGAUGGAGGAAAAGUCAAUUCCGUGGAAAGCUAUCUUCACGUCAGUUCCGUAUUGGGCCAUCAUCAUAGCAGCCGUAGGCGAAUCAUGGGGUAGCACCUUACUAGGUACGGAACUACCUACUUAUCUGAGUAGCGUAGUCGGAUUGGACAUAGAAGAGAGCAGCUGGUACUCGGCAGCUCCGACGAUAGGUUCGAUAAUAUUCGGCCUCCUGUUCGGGCCGCUAGCGGACUACGUUAUCAAAAACCAAUAUGCGUCCAGGGUAAAUGCGAGACGAAUUUUCCACGGGAUCGGUUGUUUCGUUCCGGCAUUGAUGAUGGUGUGCUUAUCUUACGUCGAAGACAAGUACGCGAUCGUCACCCUUCUGAUAACGGCCGUGAGCGCAACCGCCGCAUUGAACUGCGGCCAUUGGGUCAAUCUUAUCGACAUAUCGCCCCGAUAUUCGGGAAUAUUGGCGGGAAUAGCGAACGGUGCCGGACAGUUCGUCGCCAUACUUGCCCCACUGCUAGUGCAUUUCAUUGUCAACGAUGAGGCGAACAGAGCCCUCUGGAGGACAAUAUUCAUCCUGGCUGCGUUUAUUUACGCGAGUACGGCCACAUUUUUUAUAGCCUUCGCUUCAGCGGAAAGGCAAUGGUGGGACAAUCAAAGAAGGCAAGUGAAAAAUCAGAAGGAAGGCGCGAAUACGAACGGUUACUAUAAUCAAAGCUUUGAGCGUGAUAACUGUUAAUUUUUCUGUAAAUUCUGUAAGUAAUAAUAAAUACUUUAU